AGUUUCUUGAUUUGUGAGUGUCAAACUGUUUUCAGCUAUUGAAACUAUUGAAUUUAUUAAUAUCUUCUUGUUCAUACUGAUCAGGAAAAGUUAUUUCCAAACUCAUCAAUAGUUUUAUUAUUAUUAAUUUGAAAUCAAUUUUAAUAGUUAAUCACUCAUUUGAUUGAAAACAUAACCUAAACCAUAAUCAUGUCUACAACCCAAUCACCAGAACAACAGAAUCAAGAAUCACUAGAAGAAAACUGGAUGGCUACUCCAUCGAUACCUAAUUGUCCACCGGGAUUAGAGUAUUUAACCAAAGUCUGUCAAUUGAUUGUCCAUCAACGUGCUAAAAAGUUUUCGUCUUUUUCUCGUUGUCAUAUCGAAAAUCAAUUCGAUAUUGAAAGUAUCUCAGGGCAAAAGAUCUACACUGCUGAUGAACAGAUAACCUGUACGGGAAUGUGGUGUGGAUCAAGUCGAUCAUUCGAGAUGCAAAUCACCGACCAGCAUGAGCGUGAAAUCCUUCAUUUAUCUCGGCCAUUUCGAUGUCAAUGUUUUCCUUGUUGCCUUCAACAAUUAGAAGUUUCCGCUUCUGGGUCAGUUUGUGGGUUUGUUAAAGAAUCUUGGUCACCUUUUGUACCCAAAUUUAGAAUCUGUAAUGCUGCCGGCGAAACUGUCCUCCAUAUCGAAGGCGCUUUUGGUGUGUUUGGAUGCCGUCAUGAUAUUGAUUUCAAAAUUCUUAACUCUAAUAACACUCAAAUUGGUAAAAUUUCCAAAAUGUGGAUGGGCUUUUCCGGCGAGAUUAUUUCGGAAAUUGAUCACUUUAGUAUCUCAUUUCCAAUGGAUUUAGAUGUUAACAUAAAAGCAGUUCUGCUUGGAGCUUGUUUCUUAAUUAGUUUCAUGUACUUCGAAAAUAAUAUCGCAGGAUGUGGAGCGACUAUAGCUUUAUGUUUUCUAUGAAUCCACUCGAACCAAACUUGGUCCAUUUGAUUGCUGUUUCAUUUUUGUUUCAACUUUUUUCUCGAUAACCAACGACAAGAAUCAUUUGUUGACAAUUAACUCUAUUAACUAAUUAACAAAUUAUUAAUUCGUAAA